GCGCGCUGACGGAAACUGCGCAGGUCCGGGACCGGAAGUGUGUCGGGUGGCGCCGCGGUCAUCAUGGCGGGGAUUAAAGCUCUGAUCAGUCUCUCCUUUGGCGGAGCCAUUGGAUUGAUGUUUCUUACGCUUGGAUGUGCCCUUCCAGAGUAUAACAAAUACUGGCCAUUGUUUGUCCUUUUCUUUUACAUUCUCUCUCCAAUCCCAUACUGCAUAUCAAGCAGAACAGUGGAUGAUACUGAUGCAGCAAGCAGUGCGUGUAAAGAACUUGCCAUAUUUCUUACGACAGGCAUUGUUGUUUCUGCUUUUGCGCUACCUCUAAUAUUUGCCAGAGCAACAGUGAUUCAAUGGGGAGCAUGUGCACUAGUGCUAACAGGAAAUGUCAUAAUCUUUGCAACCAUUCUGGGAUUUAUUCUGGUUUUUGGCACGAAUGACGAGUUCAGCUGGCAGCAGUGGUGAGAUAUGUACGAUAAUCAUCAGUGAGUAAGCCUGCUUCAGGCUGCAGAAUCCAUUUAAUGUAUCUAUCAUCCAGCUGAAGAACAACAGUGCAAUAAUAUCAAGUACUGAGUACAGCAUUGGAGGCACUCAAGUCUUUGUUUUCAGUGGCAUAUGUCCAUUUGUAUAAACAUUUGUUAAAGAGAUUGCAUCCCUUUUGUUAGCCUACAAAAUCACUUACAAACAUUAAAAAUUUUAGGAUGCAUUUAACCCUGGCAAACUAUUUAAGAGAGUCCCUAUUGCUGCAGCAGUACCGAUACCUCUGUCUUGACAGAAGUGACUAAGGUUGGAUGGAACAUUAUAUGAAAACUAGUAAGUUUGAUUUUCUAUAUUUUUAAAUCCUUGCAUUUUACUUGAAUCAGCUUUGGCUUGAAGCUUGUAUAAACAAGACACGGGAUACAGUCUCUUUUAAAAUAAUUUGCUACCUUUUAUGUUCUAAUUUACAGAAUAAAUGGCAUUGCUUUAGAAAUGUAGUAGAUCUUUUGUGGUAAGUCUUUGAGUGGGAUGUUUAGAUAGUGUGGUGCCAUGUUUUAUUGCACUUAGUUUUACUGUGUGUUUGUUGUAAAAGAAAGGUCAGCAUAAAAUCAGGAAAGUGUGUACACAGGGGUAUGCUUACAUUUGGGAGUAGUAACAUUUUAAAUUUUGGGUUGUCCUUUAUUAGUUAAAACUAGAUUUUGUUUUUGUAUUUUCCAUCAUUUAAAGUAACAUUUAUUAAAAUGUCUGAGAUCACUAUUUGUGUGCUUUGUUCUAGUUUUUUUAAAACAAUCUCUUGUGUUGCUGUAUGUACUAAAAUAUGAGAACAGUCCAUUAAACGUGAGAAAAGUGAA